AUGGACACGUGCAAUUAUUUGUAUGAAAAGCAAAAUCUUCAGCCAAGUUUUGAAGACGAGAUUUCAAGAUUGGACCAGAUCAUAAUUUCAUCUACUAAGUCAGUGAAGGGUAGAAAUACAAAAUCUUCAAGCUGCGCCACAAGUGAUAGGUUGAAUAAAAAGUAUUCAAAUCCAAAAGAAUUCCGUGGACAUGAUGGUGGAUUAGGAAAUAAGGCGAAUUUACUUUCCUCGCGUGGUUCAGACACAGAAAAACAAAAGAAGGAACUGACCAAAGGACAUGGAUGUCAGCAAAGUAGUGAGUUCGUUCGCUGUGAAGCGGAACAUAGUCGAGUCUUGAAAACACAAUCAAACGAAAGCAAACCAAAUAUUAGAAAACAGGAUCUCGAAGUAGCCCAAGUCAGGAUGUCGCCUACAGGUGCAAUUAUGUUGGGUCAACAGUCUGAUGGGCGGUUGAAAGAAAGAGGAACUGUAAAGGAUUUGGAACGAUCUAGAUCUCUGGAGGCGAAUAGAAAUCUUGAAAAGGAUUUCGGGAGUAAACGAGAAUUGACAGAAAUCAGACACCUGGAAAAGGGAAGUGGUCGACUUGAGAAAACAGGAGUUAGAUCCUCAGUUUCUUCUGGAGCCAGGAGGCCCCUACACAAAGCCAAAUCAACUUCAGAAAGAAGAGCAGACCGUGGUGCUGAAAUUCACAAAAAGUUGAAAAGACUUUUUUCUCCUGAACCGGAAAAGGAAGGCGCUAGUGUUAGGCUUGAGAAAAAAGAGGAUCGAUCAUCGAUGUCAUUUGCGCCUGAGUCUGAUGGCAAGUCUAAAACGAGGGAACCGGACCAUGAUUAUAAAGAGAAAGGACGUGUAUUUCAACAAAAUACAGGAAAGAUCCAUCCAUCGACUGAAUCGAGAAAUGGAAGUCAGAAGACGAGCAAAGUGUCUGAUGGGAAGUGUAAUACAAAAAAACCGGACCGUGAUGCUGAAAUAUACAAAAAGUUGAAGAGACUUUUUUCUCCUGAACCAGACACGGAUCAUGAAUCUAAUAUAGUGAACGGACGACAGUUGCAGGAGACAAGGAACAGACACCUGGAAAAGGACAGUGGUAGACUUCAGACAACGGGAGUUAGAUCCUCAGUUUCUUCUGGAGUCGAGAGGCCCCUACACAAAGCCAAAUCAAAUUCAGAAAGAAGAGCAGACCGUGAUGCUGAAAUUCACAAAAAGUUGAAAAGACUAUUUUCUCCUGAACCGGAAAAAGAAGGCGCUAGUGUUCGGCUUGAGAAAAAAGAGGAUCGAUCAUCGAUGUCAUUUGCGCCUGAGUCUGAUGGCAAGUCUAAAACAAGGGAACCGGACCAUGAUAAAGAGAAAGGGCGUGUAUUUCAACAAAAUACAGGAAAGAGCCGUCCAUCGACUGAAUCGAGAAAUGGGAGUCAGAAGACGAGCAAAGUGUCUGAUGGACAGUCUAAUACAAAAAAAAAGGAUCGUGACGCUGAAAUACACAAAAAGUUAAAGAGACUUUUUUCUCCUGAACCAGACACGGAUCAUGAAUCAAAUAUAGUGAACGGACGACAGUUGCAAGCAAAUUGA